CCCAAAAAGGUCUCAGAGCGGAAAAGGGGGGAGCUGACCAGGCGAGCGAGGCGAUGCUGCGCGGCGGCGCCGGAUCACGAGGAGGAGGAGCUGCUCCGGCGGCGGCGGCGAAGCCCCCUCGCUGCCCUCACCCCCGCCCCGCGUCGCGCCGAGCGCGAGGGACGACCGCCGCUCCGGAGCCGAAGGGCGUCGCCGUCUCGGUGCUGGAGGAUCCGGUGGUGUCUUCCGUCGAGGAAUCCUCUUUCACAUUUGAGUUCAAGAGAGGGUCCAAGAGGGCGAGGAAGGGGAUGCCGAGGGCAGAAGUGCAUAGAGGCAAAGAGAACUGGGGAGUGGGAGUCACUAACAAACAGAACAUGGCUGCUGCAAAGUCACACUUGACGAAAGAGGGGCCAGAGGAGGUGGAGUUCACUCACUGCGCGCCCAGUAUCGUGGCGAGGCUGAUGGGUCUCGAGACCGUGCCGAGGUCCAAGAAGGUUCUUGACCGGUGCCAGAGUGACAUCCAGAGUAAUCCACGGCUGAAGUUGUCCGGACGUGUUGACGAAGUGGCCCGGGUUUCAUGCGAGGAUCGGCCAUGCCGGAGCAGUGGCGAUGAGCUGCCAGAACUGAAGGAUGUUUUCGAGGUGACUGAGAUGGAGAACAUGGCAAUGCGCAAGGCGUCGCAGUCAUGCGACGAGAGGCCACGCCCAAGAAGCAACGAUGCUGAUCUUGAGUUUGUGAGGCAAAAGUUCUUGGAUGCAAAGCGCCUUUCCACCGACGAAGGCCACAGGAAUUCUAAGGAGUUUGGUGAGGCACUUGAGAUACUGUACUCCAAAAAGGAUGUUUUCCUUGAAAUCCUUCAGGAGAGCAGUAUUGCCUUGUCAGGAUUCCCAGGGCACACCCUUGGUUACAGUGGUUUGCAGUGCUCCCCCCAUGCGAGUAAUGGUGCCGGUGCGCAAUCGUUUGGGCAGGACAACCUUUGCAGAAUGGAAGUUGACAGUGAGUCCGAGGGUCCUCUUUCUGGUGUGCAUUUCGAAGAAACUUCAGAUGUGUCAUUGGAGCAUUCGGCACCAAAAGGGAGCAGGCGUUCAUGGAGGCCCUCGCAAAUUGUUGUUCUGAAACCAGACCCUCAGAGGAGAAGUUCGACACCGGUUAUAGAAAGCCAAGAAACAUCGCAGUUUGGUCAGUGGACUGGUGCACGAUGGUUGAAGCCCCCACGCCAUAGUACGCAUAAGCAAGAUAGCAUACAUUCUAUGGCACAUGGCAGUCUUCAAGUUACAGAGCCAGAAGGAGAUACACCUGAACAGAAGCUUAGAAUACAAACCUCUAGAAGAGGUAGCAGGAAGAAACCAUCUGAGAAUGAGCGCUACCUUGGAGUUGGCUGUCAAAGGGAAAAGGCUGCUUCCACUUCUCAUGAUGAGACUUCGUCAAUUUCUUCAUCCACGCAUUCUGCUGGAUCAUCGGUGAGCAGAAAGGCCAGAAAGCACCUCUCUGAAAGAUGGCAAAUGGCCUGCCAAUCCAAAGCUGAAAAUCCAGUUCCUACUGAUACAAGAACAUUAGGUGAGAUGCUUGAACUGACUGCUAGAGAUGCAACGAAGGUAACCACCCAAAAGCGUUUGUCAGAUUCAAAUACCAAUUCCAGUAAUGCGCAAGAGAUGCCGGCCAGCCCUCUUGGUAUUAGCAGCAAAGAUGGUUGGAAGACAGGGAUUUACCGUGGCGAUAAUCCAAGAAGUGGCAUAUCAAGGAAUUUUCCCAGGUCCAAGUCUCUCCCGACCUCAUCUACCACUGUUGCAAAAUUACCGGGCAGGAGGCGCUCUGCACCUAACUUGCCCAUUCUGAAGGAUAUAUUGAAUACACCCACUGAUGAUACUGGAAAUGGACUUCUCAGGAAGAGAUUACCAAUCAGAAAAGCCAAGCAGAAUGGGCGAGUUAUCGUUCAUGUAGGAAAGGAAAAUAUGCUACCUGAGAAAGAGAUUUAUGUAACUUCAGAGAGAACAAGACACAGUAUCUGCACUUCCGAUUUACCCAGGACAAGCAACAUAUAUGAUGAGCAUCCAGGUGAUGUUAUCUGUAAUGAGGAUCACACAGCAAUUGAUUUGGCUAUUCCACAUGAUGAUGUGCGAAAUUCGAAAGGUCAGGCAGGGUGGACAGAGCAAAAGCUAGCAACACCGUUACCAGAGCCAGAAGAAGACACUGUAAUUCAUAAUCACGAUAACAUAACAUUGAAGGAGGUGAAAAGCCAACUAAUGGAGAGUGACAUUGCUGAAAUUGAUCACCAAACAGUAAAAUCUGCUUAUUCUGUAAGCGCUGAGAGUUGUGAAUGCUCAAGUCCAACUGCUUCAUCGCAACAAAGUUCUGGAGAAGAGGCUACUUAUUCUGGAAUCUUCAAAAGUGUCAAUGAUGGUAUUCAAGGACUCAGAGCUCAACUUAAGAUGCUGAAGAUGGGCGACCAAGUUGAUACACGCAGAGAUGAUUCGGAUGCAUACUCAAGCGAUGAGUGCGAUGAUACAAACAUUUCAGAUUACCAGGUGAAGGAAGAGCAGCUACCCAUAUUUAAGGAUGAGGAGGACAGGGACUGCACUUAUGUCCAGGAGAUGCUUGGCACUGCGUGUGGCUUUCCAGUCUACCCAGAGCAGUGGCAGUUCAGCUCAGAUGUGUUCGUAUGGCUGGAAAACAAGUACAGCAAGCUGCUCCUGUGGUCGAAAUCAGACAGGAAGCUUCUUUUCGAUCUCGUCAACUCAAUCUUAGCUGACAUGACGGCUCCCGGCAGCAGCCUGUGUUCAAAAAUCAUGAUGAACUCCUGGCCUCAAAUGGAUAGGAUAAAGUUAGCUGAAAAUGUCUGGCAAACGGCAGUAUUCAUGCGAAGGAACCAUCAGCCAUUUGAUCUGGACAGUGUCGAGCCUUUGCCCCUGGAUCAUCACCCUGAGCUUGAAAUGUCCGGAGCAGACAUUGCUGAAAUGAUACAUGACGAUGUUCUAGAAGAGCUUGUGGCCGAACUUGUGUCGCAUAUCGACUGAAACUCUAGGGGACCUGUAGUGGUUCAGAUAUUUGACCAGGUAAUGUACAUAGCCUGCUGCAAAUUACUUAUUUGCGAGUCGGGUUACUACGAUGUAAGAUUUGGGGGAGAUGGCUUCAUGUAGAACAUAUGGACUCUAUAUAUGCCGGUGGAAUACUUCCCCUGCUUUUGCAUUAACUCCUUUAUUCAUGCUUCAGUUACA